AUGGAGAAAUACUCUGCUUUGGACGCCGAAAAUAGAUUAUCAGCAGAAUCUCUGCUCUCUGACAAGAUAUGUACAGAGGAAGAUGUUCAAGACGGUUUUGCGCUACGUUAUACCUAUGCGCCGGUACGAGAUGUUAUCAGGUACGAAGAGAAGCAAUUCAAUUUGAUUCCUAUACAUCAACCCGAUGGGAGCUUGAAUCCAGAAAAACCAGGCCAUUUCAAUGGGAAACCGACACGUGAACUUGCUGAAGAUUGGAAGAAUAUCAUGCAACACCAGAAUAUUAGGCUGACAAAAGACGAACUCGGGCCAUUUUCUCAUGACGAUGGUGUGGUCAAGCUUGGUGAUGGUUCUGGAUCCUAUGGCACCUUUGCAGUUUUCCAUGGUCUGCAUUGUGUGAAAAGAUUCCAUCACUAUCUUUACAAGGACUUCUAUUACCCCAAUAUGACAAAGUUGGAUUCUACCAAACUCUUAUAUCACACUGCUGUUGAUAAGGGAAAUCAUCAAUGUGUCAGUUGGGAACCAUUGGAAAAUUGGAUGGCAGAGCAUUCGUUCGACGCCUUUGAGCCGGGGCUUCUUAUGCAUCCAAUAUACGGUGAGAACUAUGUCAAUUGUUUGUAUGUGGCUAGAAGUCUUGAGACGCUAAUCUACUAUCUAGGAGAUCCUUAUACUGGAGAGGAGCCGAAUACGAUUGGAAUAGCUCUUGCAGACCAUCCGCUGGAUGAGGGGCUGUACAGCUUAUCAAAUUGA